AGGUCCUGGUAAGUUUUUUCUUUUUUUGGACGUUACUAUACGCGCUGCCAGACUCCGCCCACUCCCUGCGCGUCAGUGCUGAGUUGAGUGGACCCGGAGUCACUCCCCUUGCCUACUUUUAAUAGCUUUGUCAUGUGAUGGAAAGCAGUUGUAAGACAGGUGCCCUCGGUUCAGUCUCGGCGAGGGGGCAGCAGUCGCCUGUGCGAGAGCGAGUGGGAAGCGCGCGUGUGGAUUUCUUUUUUACUUGAUUUCUUUUUUUUUCUUUUCCCCCCCUUUUUUAAUUUUUUCAUUUGUUUUUCGGACCGUCAUUCACUCUGGCUGGAUGGCGUGGGACAGGUGUAACCAGGACUCUGUGUGGAGAGAAUUAGAGUGUGCUGCCUUGCUUGGUGAAGACCAGCCCCUCUGCCCAGACCUCCCCGAACUUGACCUCUCAGAAUUGGACGUCAGUGACCUGGACGCCGACAGCUUCCUGGGUGGCCUUAAAUGGUACAGUGACCAAUCAGAGAUCAUCUCCUCUCAGUACGGGAAUGAUGCCUCCAAUCUUUUUGAGAUAGAUGAAGAAAAUGAGGCCAACUUACUGGCAGUGCUUACAGAGACUCUGGACAGCAUCCCGGUGGAUGAGGACGGAUUGCCUUCGUUUGAGGCCUUGGCAGAUGGGGACGUGACCAAUGCCAGUGACCGGAGCUGUCCCUCCUCUCCAGACGCCUCGCCACGAACCCCAGAGCCCGAGGAGCCUUCAUUGCUGAAGAAGCUCCUUCUGGCGCCUGCAAACUCCCAGCUCAGCUAUAAUCAAUACACAGGUGGCAAAGCACAGAACCAUGCAGCCAGCAGCAACCACCGGAUCAGACCACCACCUGCCGUCGUCAAGAUGGAGAGCCCCUGGAACAGCAAGGCAAGAGGGGGCUCCAGUCAACAGAACCGCCCGGUGAGGCGGCCCUGCACAGAGCUGCUGAAAUACCUAACGGCCACCGAUGACAUCCUGCUCAACGCCAAAGCCAGUGAAGCCAAGAGCGCCUGGGGGGGUUCCAGUAGCAGGGACAAGAGUGGCCUUGGUCUCUGUCCUUCCUCCUCCUCGUCGCCAUCCUCAUCGUCCACCUCCUCGUUCUCCUCCCUGUCCUCCACCUCCUCCUCCUCCUCUUCCUCCACCACCUCCAAGAAGAAGUCAGCAUCUCAACAGCAGCAGCAAUCGCCGCAGCAGCAUCACCAGCGAGGUGAGAGCCGGGCUGCAGGCGAGUGUAGUAUGGCUGGUCAUGGGGAAGGGAAGUGGCAGCGUUGCUCUCAGGAUGGCGGGGUUAAGGAGUCGGAGGGUGCCUCUGUCCCUGUUGGCCGUAGAACCUACGCCUGCGGUCACGCCCGCCCCAAACCACAACACGGGCCAGCCAGUGAAGAAGGAAGGCCGCCAGGCGAUGUCGGUGGCCUGGCUGCCGCUAGGUUCAUUAGGUAUAUGCAUUCUUAUUCCCUCCCUCCCCGAGAGGCGAGUCACAGCUGUGAGCAUUGCCGAGAGGCUGCAGGCGCCACUCGGGCGAGUGAAGGCUUUGGCAGACAAGGCCGCAGUAACAGCAGCGGUGCCGGCCGUGCACCGCGCAGACAUAUCACAGUGACCAUUAAGAAAAGAGACGAUAAGCCGGGGCACCCUUUACUCAGUCAGCUGCUCACCUCUAAACAGAGGCCCACUCGAUUUCGGGCCCAACUACCCCAACCCACAGUUAACCCUUUAUGCAGCACUAAGAGAAUAUCAGCUGGUAGGAGUUCUGAGAGGCCAACCAGUGUUUUUUCAAAGGUGGAACUGAAGGAGAUCAGAGGGACUACUGAUCAUAAAAACCAGGCGGCAGAGCCUGAAUCAGAACUCCUGUUUUCACCUUUUACCAAUCUAGGGGGCUGGGCAAGCCAGGUAGAGCAAGAUCUAGACACAGGCUUUGGACUAGAGGUGGGGUGUCUAAACCGGAAAGGUAAUGGGGACAUUGUUGAACAAGAUGUUGAUGGUGUUGUUGAUGAUGAUGACCAUGUCAUGGGCAGCCCUGCAGCGGUGCUCUCACUGGGCCGACCGAGCCCGCUCAUCCCAGAAACUAGCAUUGCAGAACCCACCCCUCCCUGCAUCACACAGGGGCAAGGGCGGCCACACAGACAGGCCCUCAGCGAGCACCCCGAUGACCAGGGCCACCUGUUGUUAGCCAAACCAACCACCUUGCCACUUCCUUUGACCCCAGAGUCUCCAAAUGACCACAAAGGAUCACCAUUUGAGAACAAAACCAUUGAACGCACACUAAGUGUGGAGAUUGCUGGAACCCCAGGUCUGACACCACCUACCACGCCCCCACACAAAGCCAGUCAAGAGAAUCCUUUCAAAGCAUCUCUGAAAACUAAGUUGUCCCCAUGUUCCUCCUCGGCCUUGACAUGCAAAAGAGCCAGGCUGAGUGAGUUGGGUGCCGGUGCUUUGGCUCCGGCCCCAGGUGCCUCAGCCGGAGGCCCCAUCCGGAAGGGUCCCGAACAGACUGAGCUCUAUGCGCAGCUGAGCAAAGCAUCCACUGCCCUCCCCGACGCUAUCACUCUAAAGGCAAUGGGGGGUGGUCUUGAGGAGCAUUGCAGCACUGGCAACAACAAGCGGGCGAUUUCCUGUCGCCACAGUGAUCAUGAUUAUUGCCAGGCAUCAGCUAAUACCAAGAAGGAUGGGGGUGCAGCACCUGUUUCCAUGACUCCAGCAGUGGAAAUGACAUUCACCCCAGGUGCUACUGCUGCUUCUGUGGCCAAUGCUGGCAAAGUGGAGAACAGGCAUGUCGAAUGUAAGGACUCAGCCAUCUCAGCAUCCUCUUCAUCAUCUUCUUGUUGUACAUCGUCAUCCUCACCUAGCCCUUUGACUAAGAAGCAGGAUUUUGUCCCUGUGGAUGGAGGAGCAUACUGUGUCCGGGGCUCAGGGGAACCGACCCUUACACAAACCCCACAGAUCCCCACACAAGGGGUAACCACUGUUAGGGACCAACCACAACUUUCUGCCUCCAGCCGGAAGCUUCUGUGCGACCAGGAAAUCAGAGCAGAACUUAACAAGCACUUUGGUCCUCCCCUAAAAGCCCUCUAUACCCAGAGUGGGCUGGAGAGAGAUUCAAGCAGCAAACCAAACAAGCCUACGGCCCCGCAAUCCUUUGAAGGGGGAGAGAAGGACUUUUCCUCCCAGAGGCUUUCUGGCUCCAGCUACCUGCAUCCAGGGUUUGUGUCAUUUCACGAUGAGAUCGAGUUGGAAAAGGGCCACGAGAGUUGCUUCAUCUUUCCAUGGGGGGGAACCCCUCUGGACCUACUCUUUGACUGCUCUCCCCGCUCUCCCUCCUGUUCCCCGCCAUCCAGUUGCUCCCGUUCACGAGGCUCCGUCUCCCCACCUUCCUCCCUGCUCUUGUCACCCAGCAGGCCUUUCUGCUGGGCCAGCAGCGGGUCCCGCUCCCGCUCUCGUUCCCAUUCUGGCUCCCGUAGCUCCUCGUCACGGCACCGCAGGCGCUCUCUGUCCAGCUCACCGGGCAGACGGCCUUCCUCCUGGUCUCAUCACAGCUCAGAUGUGAACGCUUUUCGCUCCAGAAUUCAAAAGAGCCCCCACCCUCGGUCUCGAUCUCCUCUCAGCCGCAGGCCAAGGUAUGACAGCUACGAGGAGUACCAGCACGAGAGGCUGAAGAGGGAGGAGUAUCGCCGGGAUUAUGAGAAGCAGGAGUUUGAAAGGACCGAGCAGAGAGAGCAGCAAAGGCAAAAAGCAAUAGAGGAGAGACGGGUGGUGUACGUGGGGCGACUGAGGUCCGACUGCAGCCGAACAGAGCUGAAGCGCCGCUUUGAAGUCUUUGGGGAAAUUGAAGAAUGUGCAGUGAACUUAAGGGAUGAUGGGGACAAUUUUGGCUUCAUCGUGUACCGCUACACCUGUGACGCCUUUACCGCCCUUGAGAACGGACACACCUUACGCAGGUCAAAUGAGCCUCAGUUUGACUUGUGUUUCGGUGGACAAAAGCAGCUCUGCAAAUCGCAUUACACAGACUUGGACUCCCAUUCAGACGACUUUGAUCCAGCCUCCACGAAAAGCAAGUAUGACUCCAUGGAUUUUGACAGCUUGCUGAGGGAGGCCCAGUGCAGCCUGAAAAGGUAACCGGUGCAGUGGCGUGCCCGCUGUCUGUCACAAGGAGGGACUUCUUAUACCUCACUGUUGUUUCUCGCUCCUUCGACGAAGAGACUACUAGAAGUUUUACACUCUGUCAAAGAGUAUCCAAGCAUAUAGACUUAUAUCAAUAUAAAUGAAUAUAUUCAAAUUAAAGUUUACAUGAAGAUGGCUACUGAAGAGACUUUCCGAGGAAAGCCAGUGGACUCUCAGAAAUUUGGUUUAAUGCACUCUACAGCUGUUCAACCAGUCAACGAAGAAGGAAGUGUUUUUCUCCAAGCACUACAAUGCCCACAGUUCUUUUUGGGUGAAAACAUGCAGCUUGUUUAACCAGAUUUGGGUUUUUUCCUGUUGUGAUUUUUGUUUUGAAGUCUGGUGUUUGGAUCUGGUGUUACGUUACAAACAAGAAUAUAGGGAAUUGUAACUUGGAGGUAAAAUGAAUAAUAAUGAAGGUAAUGUCGUUCUACAUUUUAAUAAAAAGAAAAUGUAGCUGUGCAUUUACAGAUAAUAAAAAAAAUAUUUUUAUUUUAGUUUUGUUGUUGUUACAGCUAUGCACUGUAAAACGCAGACUUUUCUAAAAAAAGAGAACAUUUCUUAAUUCAGAAUGUUGAUCUGUAGUAAUUACAAUACUGUAAAGCAUAUUGUACACCUACAUGAUGUUUGAAAGACAUGACAUGAUUGUAAAAAAAAAACGGUUAAAAAAAGACAGCUCAUUUUUUGCGGGAGCAUGUAAACACAUUUUUUUUUCAAGUUUUUUUGUUGAGGGAUUAGGAAAACAACACCAUGUAUAGUUUUAUCUGCUGAUAAUGUUUCUCGAUCAGUGUUUUUGCUUAUACAACAAGAUGCAUUUUUAAACAUGUUUUUCAUGAUUGUAUAAAAAGAGCCCAUUUUUUAAACAAUUCUUUAUCACUGAUUGUUUUCUUAAACUAUAUAUUCAUUUUAUGUCCUGUGAUUGCCAUUAAUGAGACAGAGCAACAACAUUCAAAGCUUUCAAAAUCAGACGUAUUUAUGUAUUUAUUUUAAUAUUUUAAUCAAAAAUAUAUAUUUAUGAACUCCAUUUUUAACAUGGCGUACCUCAUGAAAAAAAUGUUCCUAUUUAUUUUGUGACAUUUGAUUUUUGUGUUAUUUAACUUGCAAUCACUGGACAGGGUGUACAAUAAAUGGUUUGGUGUGGUCUAAUAUUACCUUCUAUGCCUUCCAAAACAAUCAAAACAUUCAGCUGAUCAGUCUAGACGUCAGGCUCUUCGUUUUUAUUUGUUUUACUAAUUUGUCUCAAAUUUACAGUAUCUACCUGGUAUCCUUUUCCAUUAACAUACACAAAACAUGAAGCAAUAAAAUAACUUUGCAAGAA